UAUCAAUUCGCUUGGAGUACCCAACAUGAGUAAAUCCUUGCAACUCUCUGUCACCGUUCUAUGCAUCUUCACCAUCCUUGUUUUAGGGGAGAUAAGGAUGGCAAAGGGACAACCAUUGGGGACAAUGGAAAGGUGUUAUGAUAUGCUAACAUGGGGAGAAUGUGUACCUGACAACUGUGCCUUUUCAUGUGCACUCAAGAGACAUGGCAAGGGUGGUUGCAUUAAGGCCUACGAUAAUCGCCCUGCUUGCGUUUGCUAUUAUACUUGCUUACGCUCUUAAUAUUACAAAUGAAAAUCCUUAAAUCCUAUUUAUAUUUUAUGAUAAGAACAAACUAUUGAUAAAAACGCUGGUUUAUCGUGUGCUAGACAUUUUAGCAAUCUACGUUUAUGUCUCAACGCGUUUUAGAAACCCGGUAUGUUUUGAUAUAACAUAAUAAUUAAAGCCGGUUUUAUACGGGUUUAGACUAGAUA